AAUGGCAAUAGAUCCAAAUUCUCACGAAAUUGUUUUAGACAUUAAAUACCUUCUUCACCAGGAAUUUCAAAAUUUUACUUUGGAUGGGGAUUUUAAUUUCAUGGAUGAAAAUGUUCCAAAUGGAAUAUAUUUCUAUCAUGAUGCUAAAUAUGAUGUAAACAGAAAAAGCUCUUUAAAAUUAUUUUCAAAAUGGCAUGAAACCCAUAAUGGAGAGGGAAAAUUUACUUUAAAGAUAUUUCAACCAGAAAUAUUGUGUUCUGUUCAAUUUGUUCGUGAAACCUGUGUUUUUAAGUACGAAGAAAACUGUAGUAUUUACAAAUUGGAGCAUUCAACAUACAAAAAAGAUUUGGGUGAAAAUGAGGAAGUUAAAAAUCAAUUUAAAAAAACAGUUAAAAGUUUUGAUCUCCUUCUCUUACAAGAAGUAGCAAAAGACAAAAAGAAACUUCCAAAUUUUUCCGAGAUUUUGAGGUCUAUAAAUACAGAAUUAGUAUCAAAUGGAGAAUCUCCAUAUUACGCAUUAGUUGGCAAGGAAUACCACAAUUGUGAAAGAUAUUUCCUUCUCUAUAAUACAAAAUACCUUGUUUGUUCUAAAUGUAAAGAAUAUGAGGAUAAGGAAAAAGAAAAAUUUUCUAGACCACCAUUAAUUGCUACUUUUCAAACAAAAUAUUGUCAAGUUGAUAAAUUCACAUUUAUUCCUUUGCAUAGUCGUCCAGAUAAGGAGGCUAAAGGAAAAUAUCCCAACUUUUGGAGAAUUAUCUAA